AUGCCGCCUAAGCAAAAAGAUAAAGGAACGAAGCCUGCACAGGCAGGUAGCAGGGAUACAGCUUCGAAGAAAUCAAACGGCAAGAAAUCUUCGAAGCAGACCUCUUCUUCCAGCAAGAAGAAAGCCGAACCGUCCCCAAUAGACAACCCAACACUUUCCCCACCGCCUCCAUCUCAGCCACAGGACUACAUAAGCGCAAAGAGGAAAACACUCAAGUCGGGGACCAAAUCUCAGGGUGAGCGCAAGAAAUCAACACGGGCGAAGCGCCGUAGGUGGUAUGAAUCUGUCAACCUCGAGCCAUCGCAGCUUUCACUCUGGGUCCAUGAAACCGCCAACAAGAAACUGUGGGAGAUAGAAAAGCCUCCUGGACAGCCAGGGGAACCAGGACGAGGCGGGUACACUGUUGUAGAUGAGAUGCAUCUCGACAAGCAGCGCUAUGGGAAAUUCCACUAUCGCGAAUACCUCAACAUCCUCGCUUCUGUUCGCGAGUUUAUUGACAUAGCACGCCUUCCUCCUUUGGAGCACUUUCGGAACCAGGAUCUAGGGAAGGUUGGGAAGAUAUUUAACAUGAUGAUGAUCAGACACCCUUAUCUUGCCCGAUUCAAGAACAACUGGCCGACUGCUUCGAUCAUCAAGGGCUGUCUCCGUGGUAAGCGAGCGUCUGCUCGCAGACUCGAGAAGCAGCUUGGAACGAUGCCAGCAACAGCUGGUAGUGACAACAAGUCGAGCGAUGAGAGUGACUCGGAUGCAACAGCUGAUGACGAGGAUGACCAGCGUAGCAGGAAAGACAGGCACAAGCAGAUACUGGACGCAUUCGCCGUUGGCUCUAGCAAGACCAAGGCCAAGGCGAAGAAUCCCGCCCCAGUCUCCAACGACGACGACGACGACGACGGUGACGAUGACGAGCCGACGCCCAAGACCAAGCGCAAGGCGAAGAAGCCCGCCCCACUCUCCAACGACGACGACGACGACGAGCCGACGCCCAAGACCAAGCGCAAGGCGAAGAAGCCCGCCCCAGUCUCUGACGGCGACGACGACGACGGCGACGAUGACGAGCCGACGCCCAAGACCAAGCGCAAGGCGAAGAAGCCCGCCCCAAUCUCCAACGACGACGACGAUGACGAUGAUGAGCCGACGCCCAAGACCAAGCGCAAGGCGAAGAAGCCCGCACCAGUCUCUGACGGCGACCACGACGACGACGACGAGCCGACGCCCAAGACCAAGCGCAAGGCGAAGAAGCCCGCACCAGUCUCUGACGGCGACGACGACGGCGACGACGACGACGGCGACGAGCCGACGCCCAAGACCAAGCGCAAGGCGAAGAAGCCCGCACCAGUCUCUGACGGCGACCACGACGACGACGACCACCCGACGCCCAAGACCAAGCGCAAGGCAAAGAAGCCCGCCCCAGUCUCUGACGACGGCGACGACGACGGCGACGAUGACGACGGGGAGCCAGCACCCAAGCACAAGCGCAAGCAACCCACCCCCGCCGAGGACGACGACAACGCCUCUCCGCCAGCACCCAAGCGCAAGAAGCUCGCGGCCAACCAGGACCAACUGGAUGCCGCUCCUCCCUUUCCUCAAUCAUCCAGCUCUAACUCCAUCUUUAGUCAAAGCCGUGCUGUAGCGCUCGCCAGGAAGCCUUUAUCCUCUGCCCCAGAAGGAGAUGACAACGAUGGCGAUACCGUGGCUACACCAUCACCCAAGAGACCAGCCCCAAGACCACGAAAGGCUGCGGCUCAUAGCGACACCGACCUCUUCGACAAAAGAAGCCAACAGCCGUUUCCUGCGUCCUCAAGCACCGGUAGAAUCACUCGUUCCCGAGUGUCUCCACACAAAGAGACGCGUGCCCGCAAGACGAAGGGCAAAUCGACCGAGGAUGAGGAGGGUGACGAGGAUUUCGAGGAAGAGCUAACCGCCGGGAAGGGAAAGGGGAAGGCCAAAGGUAAAGGCAAGGGCAAGGGCAAGGAGGAUGCAUGGAAGGCCAUGUUUGAAGAAGAUGAGGCCGAUUUCUCUGACUGA